AUGUUAGAUCAAGUGAUUCAAAUUCAAAUAUUGCGUCGACGACAAAAUUACCGUGUUUCUCGAAUUGUGGUCCUUUGCAAAGAUUGUGGCCAUGACGUUGGUCUCUAUCCUGCUCGUCACAAAUGUGAGUUGCCUCAAUCCGAUUCCUUCUCGAAUCCUGUUCCCUCUAUUCCCAAACAACACCUUUCUCUUAAAAAUAAAAAUGAUACUAAUGCUGCUGGGUUGUGGGGUAAACUUAGAUCUGUAAAUAAUUGGAAAAACGUAUCUGAAGACGAUAAUGUUACUCCUUCUAUAUCACAACCUUCUCAAGGUUCUAAACUAUGGGAUAAAUUAUUGAGUGCCGCUGCUGCUUAUAAUUCUAAUCAUGAUGAAGAUUCUGAAUAUGGUGAAACUCACAUUUCUCGUAUAUUACGUGAAUAUCAUCAUCAAAAAUCUGGUGAUAUCCCUGAUUGGUUAUUUGAUUCUAAUGUUAUCGUCAAUUCGGAUGAUGAUAAUAACAGGGGUAGGAAACUAGGGAUACCAAUUGUAGUUGACAGGAAUCGUGACCAUAGUCCAUCUGAUAGACUUGCUGUCCGUAAUGAUCAAAGAAAAUAUUCCCCUUCAUCUUUACCGAACAAUUUUGAUUCUGAUAUGUUUAAUGAUAAGACUAGCAAUACUCUUCAACUUCCAGGUUAUCAAAGAGUAGGUGGUGAUAGGUCUUAUCAAAAUACUAAUAGGGCAAGAAGUGCUAGUCCAAAUUAUAAUUUUUUAUCUUCAUCUCGUGAUGCUUCAUCUCGUGAUGCUUCAUCUCGUGAUGUUUCAUCUCGUGAUGUUUCAUCUCGUGAUGUUUCAUCUCGUGAUGUUUCAUCUCGUGAUGUUUCAUCUCGUGAUGGUGAUUCUCAAUAUAGUCAACGAUCAGGAAAUUAUAGACAAGGUGGUUUCUUUUAA